GAGCUCCAGCUCCUCCUCCUGUUCUUUCCAAUGCCAGGCGGGUGGCGACCGGCGCCCCUUUGACCGCAGGUUAUAUAGCGCUCGCUACGAAGAAAGCGAGCCGAGCCGUUCUGGAGAGGCAAUGCAGCUGAGUCAGCCGAAGAGAAGCGCAGGGCUUUCGGUGGCAACUCCAGCGGAGAGAAGUAGACGAUUUCAGCGGACCCCCAACGGGAAACCGUCCGUCCCUCCCUCGGGGAGCUGCCCUCUUCGGUCUGCAAGGAUCAGUCGAAAGACAUCUGAAUACCAGCAUAUUUGACCUUGGUCCACCUGUUCUAGAGAAAAAGGCCUGCUGCUAAGAAUAUCUCAAGCCCCCUAGAUACUCAUCCCAGCGCCCUGCGUGCUACAGGAAACUUUGUGAUUUAGAGUCACUACGAAGCAAUUUUUUUUAAAAAUGAAAACAAAUCCUGUCAUCCAAGCUGCCAUUGACCUCACAGCUGGGGCUGUAGGAGGUACUGCCUGUGUGAUAACCGGUCAACCAUUUGACACCGCAAAGGUGAAAAUGCAGACAUUCCCUAACAUGUACCAAGGGCUUGUGGACUGUUUUGUGAAGACCUACAAACAAAUAGGGUUCCGUGGCUUCUACAAGGGGACCACCCCUGCACUUGUGGCAAACAUUGCUGAAAAUGCCGUGCUCUUUAUGUGUUAUGGCUUUUGCCAAAAUAUCGUGAGGAAAAUUGCUGGCUUAGAAAGGAAAGCAAACCUGAGCGACCUUCAAAAUGCAGUGGCUGGUUCCUUUGCUUCUGCCUUUGCCACUUUGGCCCUCUGCCCUACAGAGCUUGUGAAGUGCCGCCUGCAGGCCAUGCACGAAAUGCAAUUAUCUGGGAAGAUAGUGCAACAACACAAUACAGUUUGGUCAGUAAUCAAAAGUGUGCUGCAAAAGGACGGCCCUCUUGGCUUCUAUCGUGGUUGGUUCAGCACUUUGCUACGUGAAAUUCCAGGCUACUUUUUAUUCUUUGGAGUCUAUGAACUGAGCCGGACCUUUUUGGCCUUUGGAAAACCAAAAGAGGAAUUAGGUCCAGUUGCAUUGAUGUUCAGUGGUGGUUUUGGUGGCAUGUGUCUCUGGAUUGCUGUUUACCCAGUGGACUGCAUCAAAUCUAGGAUCCAAGUUCUUUCCAUGGCAGGAAAACAAACUGGCUUUAUGAGAACGUUUGCAAGUGUUGUCAAGAAUGAAGGUGUGUUUGCCUUGUACUCUGGACUGAAACCUACUAUGAUCCGUGCAUUCCCAGCCAACGGUGCCCUGUUCCUUGCCUAUGAACACAGCCGUAAACUGAUGAUGAACCAGUUUGAUAGCUAGAAUUUUUAUCACAGACUAACAUCAUUAGACUAUGUGUAGUCUCCAUAUCAAUUGUCCCACUUUGAGUGACAGAUUUUAAAAUGUGAAAUGAGAGUGAAAUGACUGCAUUUUUUUAAAAAAAUGAUUUCAGUAAAAAUGCUGUAUUUUCUAAACAUUGUGUGCUUUGUGGAUUUACACAUCUGUGAUCAGCACUGAUACUACAUGAUCUUAUAAAGGAUUUUAAUUA